GCAGUCCUGCCGCUUGACCAAAAAAGCCCUGGUCGGCCUCCGCAGGGAGAUGGGGGCGCUCCGCAAGUCUCUGAAGAGGGGCGUGGCCGUCCACCAGACGCAGGUCAAGGAGGGCAAGGAGGUCAACAUCAUCCGAAAGCCCACCCUCCGCAAGUGCAGGGAACUCGCCGCCAAGGCCAUCCCGGACCUUUUGACCCUCCUGGAGAACGAGCCCACCCAGAAGACCCUGUGGAGGUUCUACGAGCACUUUGCGGCGCUGCUCGCCUGCGUGUACGGCCACAGAGGGGGGGUUCUCCAAAACAUAACUAUGCAGGAGGUUCUGGGGGCCCGCAAAUCGACCUCGGAGAAGGCGUACCUGAUAAACGUCGCCAACCACAAGACGAACAUGGCUUUCGGGUCGGCCCCAAUUGUUUUCCUGUUUUUCACUUCGACCCCAAACCCAUGCAAAAAUCUCAAUUCCUACUUCCAAGAGGCCUGGAAGUCCAUGGGCCUUCCCGGGUGCCCCACCUUCACUGACGUCCGCACGUCCAUCGCCAGCCACAUAAAAUUCACCCACACCAACGACGACCGGGUCAAGCUGUCCAAGUUCAUGUGCAACGACACCAGGACGGCGGACAAAUUUUACAUGGCCAACUUGACCCCCCAGCAGGCCAUGGAGCACCGGAGGCUCUUCGACACUGCCCUGGAGGGCGAAGAGAGGGGCUCCCCGGGAAAGAGCCCCUCAAGAAGAAGAGGAGAGCUCCAGAGUCCUCGGACGAGGAUAUGA